AUGGCAGCCGAUUCAUCGCUGUGUGCAGUAAGGGGAUUGCCACGGAUUCGAAGGAUUGCUGAUCUUGAAGAACCGCCAGACAAUGAAGUGAGUGGGCCCUUAAAGUUGACGGAGGCGUGUCGCCCGGGAUCGACCGGAACUAAGGUACUGGGUAUCACUGGACGAGACUUCGGAAUUUGCCGAACAGAGCACACUGGGACGGGACUUUCGAAUUUGCAGCGUGAAGCGCACUGGGCGCUUACUUCCGCAUUUGAUACAAGGGACGCAGAAGACGCGGAGACAGAACUGAGGAGGGCAGACGAAGUCAUUCAAGCAGGACGAGCAGCAGGGAGGACAGUAGACGAGCAGACAGCACGAGCUCCGCUGGGAGGUGGCGAGACGGUCAAGUGCCGCGGACCAGGCGAGGAGCAAGUGAACGAGACGAGUAGACUGGGAGCGAGCAGGAAUUGA